AGUUAAUUGUUAUUUCCUCUUUGUAGUUGUAAUUUGUAAAGGGCUAUAUUAAUGUCCCACAUCGAAUGUUAUAGCAACAUAAGGAUCAACACCAGUGGGGAUUUGAUCUGUGAGAGUGAUAUCUUCCUGACUCCUAAGAUGAUUAUCAAACUCCCCUUCAUGCGUGUCAUCAUCUAAUUGGAAGUCGUCCAAGUUCAAUGCUUGAGGCAAAGUCACAGACUCAACAGGGAGCCUGCCUCGCAUCCUCAGGCAAAUCAACUAUGAAAAACUUAGAUAACCAAGUGGUGACGAGAGCACAGUCACGGAACAGAUAAUCAACUUGCUUUGAAUAGAUUCGGACAACACCAAGUAAAAGAUGACCAGACAAUCUCAAUGCCAAAGGUGCCUCCGGGAACAUUAUAAGAUCAACAGUUUUGGGGAUGUUGGUGGCGGUGUGGUGAGACUUCUUGAGGCGUUGCUGCAAGUGCGCGGCGGCCCAAACCGUUCCCAGAGGACCCUUCCGAGCCAAGUACACAUGCGAAUAAAACAUCUUUUUCUUUUUUUAUUUUUCCCUCGAAAUCAAACUAUGAGACGGAGAAAUCAAGCAAGUGAGAAGCGAUGUGGGACAUUAAUAGGCCAAACCAGCAAAUCAUAUUCCUUUUGCAUUCGUCAUCAAUAGUGAGAGGUUAUAGCGAUGUCAACAACGUUCAGUGAUUAGAUUAUAUUCCGUUUAUAGUCACCAAGGGCAUCAACAGACUACAACAAGUAAACGUUGUAUCAAAUUUUAGAACAGUAUAUGGAAAAUACUAGACAAGCCCAAUAUUCUUAUAGGUAAGUAAUGUAUUUUAAAUAAUACAACACGAAUCUGGAGUUGAUGGUAAAGUCGGUCUUAUAUAGACACGAUCAUAUUUGACCCAAAAAAAAAAGACACAAGCAUAUAAUAGUAGUAUCAUAUACCACAUCAAAUCAUUAUUAUUUCAGUAUUAUAGUAUACACUCUUUUUCUUGUGGCCUUUCCAAAUAGAAAUAACAAACGACUGUAAAAUCGUUUUAACUAAUAUCCUCUUUAUUAAUUAAGCUAUUGUUGUUUGGCUUCUUGGAACAUCAUAGGGUAAAAUAAAUCUUCCACAGUUUUUCUACUUUGAUAAAAAAUAUUUUCCAAGGACUUAAGCUAUAUACAAAUUUCUUCUGCUUUUUUUUGGGGGGGGGGGGGGGGGGGGGGGGGACGUUCAAAAUCUUAUAUACAAUUCCCAAAUUGGAAAAUUAUACAAUAAAAAGUAAACAAAAAAAAAGUACUCGGUCAAAGAAAUAUAAAAGAAAAAAUAAUAUCAUUGAUGCAAUUGUUGAAACCCUCUAAAUAACUGGAAGGGCUUUGCGACUGGUAAUUUUUUUCGUGAUCUGAUUUGUUUCGUGAUCAACAGACUUUCUUCAAUUAAGUUAUAUUGUUCUCUUUGUAGGAAUUUGAGGCAGUUGAGCAAGAAAUUGAAUACGUGAUGAAACCAAAGGUAAGAGACAUCCUCAUGUGUCCUCACAGUAGCGACAAGGAGAAGAUUCCUAUUGUCCAUUUGCUUAUCAGCCUUGCUAUUGCUCAUUAUUUUGAGAGUGAAAUUGAAGAAAUUCUACACCAUGCUUUCCAAAAUCUGGACGACUUAAUAUCAGAAGAAGAUGAUCUGGAAACAAUUGCAAUCAUGUUUGAAGUUUUCAGACUAUAUGGACACAAGAUGUCUUGCGAUGUGUUUGAGAGAUUCAAAACUGAAGAGGGGAAAUUUAAGCAAAGUCUGGCGCAUGAUGUUAGAGGAAUGCUACAGUUGUAUGAAUCAGCGCAUCUGGGACUACCAUCUGAAGAUAUAAUGGACGAGGCAUUGACUUUUACGCGGCACCACUUGGGGAUGUUGACUGGCCAAGAAACUAACCCAAAUCUCUUUAAGCAGAUAGACCACGCAUUGUAUAGAGCUCGAUAUCAUAGCAUAGAAAUAGUGGUUGCACGACAAUACAUCUCUUUUUACGGACAAGAGGAGGUCCACGACAAGAUGCUCCUCAAAUUUGCAAAGCUCAACUUCAACUUUUGCCAAAUGCACUACACCAAAGAGCUUAAGAUAAUGACCAAAUGGUGGAAAGAGAUAGGCAUGGCGCCUAAGCUAUCUUACAUAAGGGACCGAAUUGUGGAGGUCUUUCUUUUUGCAGUAGGAAUGUUUUUCGAGCCAAGGUAUUCACUUGCAAGAAUUCAUGCCACUAAAUUUUCAAUGCUCGUGACUGCUCUGGAUGAUACAUGUGAUGCAUAUGCUACUCUUCGGGAAGUUAUUAGUCUUCAUGAUGCUUUCCAGAGGUGGGAUCUUGGGGCCAUGGAAGAACUACCAAGCUAUAUGAGAAUCCUCUACCAAAAUAUGUUAGAAACAGUUGAAGAUAUUGAUCGAGAAAUGAAAGCUCGAGGAAAGUUCGGUAGUCUGCAACCAACUAUAGAUGAGACUAAGAGUCUGAUGAUAUUGUAUCUGGCGACAUCAAAAUGGGCACGCGCAGGUCACGUGCCAAGCUUUGAGGAUUACAUGGAGGUUGGGAGCUCCGCAUCUGGACUGCAUGACUUUGCAGCCUACGGAUAUAUAUCGGUGGAUGACUGUGAUAAGAAGCAAUUGCAUGAGUGGUUCAACUCCAGACCCAAAAUAUUUGAAGCUUUAAAUACUGUAUUUCGUCUUAGAAAUGACAUUGUCACUUUUGAGCAAGAAAUGAGCAGAGGGGAGGUGGCGAAUGGCGUCAACUGUUACAUGAAGCAACAUGGUGUCACCAAAGAAGCAGCGGUUGACGUAUUGAGGAAGAUGGAACGCGAGAAUUAUAAGAUAAUGAUGGAGGAAUUUGUUUCUUCAAAAGCUGUGCCACGACAGAUUCUGGUGCGAGCCGUCAACACUGCUCGUGUGAUUGAUUUGUUUUACAAGGAAGGUGAUGGAUUUGGUCAUCCUGAUCAAAAGAUAAAAGACAUUCUUGCCUCUUUGUUCCUCCAUCCAAUUCCUCUUUCAAAACUUAUGAAAGUUCGAGUGAAUUUGGGAGAUAUAUAAUCAUACUUUUCUGUAUUUCUUCCCUUUGUUCUUUGUAUUUGAUGUGCAUUGAGAACUACUCGUGCCCUCUCUCAUACUUUUUUGGUUAGUCUUUUCAAAACUGAAUAAGAAACUAAGUUACCAUUAACACACAGUUCACUUUAGCCUUUAAAUUGAAUCCCAGUUCGAGAGCUGAAAUGACGUAAAGGAAAUGUAAUGAGAGAGUUAAAGCUGGUUUUUAUGCUUAGGGUUUGAAGAUUCUCGUAGCUGGUAGUCUAGCUGGCAAUCUAAGACCCCGCAUUUGUGGGUGUUAAGAGAAAUCCGACAAGGAAGAAAAGUCGGUAAAUUCCUUGUUAGGUCCGUACAUCUCAGUAUGAUCUUGAGAUAAGGGAAUAUGUCUAGUGAGCACCCACAACCCAGAAACCGAGGGCUCGAUAACCAAUAAACAACUUUUGGAAUAGUUUAUUAUUUUUCUUUUCGUCCGAAUUAAAAAAAAAUAAAUAAAUUGAUCAAUUCCAAGCGUAGUGGAGCCCGCGAACAGUAACGAACUUGCACAUGAAUCAAUUCUUAGAGCACCCCAUUAGUGAACUUAUGGGAGGGUUCACACACAUUCCAAAAAAAAAAAAAAUUAAAAUAAGGAAUAGUGAUGAACCUAUCUUUCUCCACCCCUUCCCAGUGAAUCUGGUUCAUCACUGUAGUGCGGGCUCCACGGCACGUGGCGGCCCGCGACUGGUCCGAAAAAAUAUAUAUUUUUUUUUUUUAAAAAACAAAAAUCAACCCAA